UUUUUCUUUUGGGCAAACCUGCUCAUUGAGAAGGGAGGUGGCAAAACCUGUUUGAGAGUGAGGUUACCUCCCUUCCACACCUUCCUCCUUAGAGGCAAGACAACAACAGCUGAGGCAGAGAAAGGGUAGAGAAUUGUUGGAGAGCUGGGGCGACCAAUUCCCUGAGGACUCCAGGUGUUUAAAGAAGGGGGCACAUUUGUGAAGAUGGGAACUACACAAGAGGCAGGAGAAAAGACAUUGGCUCUGGGACCUGGUUUCCCCUGACCACUCCCCAGCAGGUGGAGGAAAGGCAGGCCUGCCUAGGUGCCAUCUUCCUGGACUUUGCCAAGUGACAGCUGGGCAGGUCUGUCGGCUUCCAGCCAAUGGUCAUGUGGAAUACCUCUCACCCCUACUGUGUAGGUGGAGCAGCUGCCAUAGAGGGUCAGGGAGAAUGCAGAAGCAGCAGGACUAGGAGCCUCCGUGAGACUUGGAGAACUGGAGCUGAAGGAGGAAUGGCAGGACGAAGAGUUCCCCAGGUGAGGAGAUUGCUUCCUGAAGAGUCUGACUCUUCUGAAGACCCCGACGAUCCUAAAAGGGACUCACAGGCAGGUACCCCCAGCACUUUAGCCCUGUGUGGCCAGCGCCGCAUGCGUAAACGUCUUUCUGCCCCAGAGUUACGACUGAAUUUGACGAAGGGGCCUGGAGAUAAUGGUGUUUCUCCCAUCCACUCUGUACCUUCCUCUCCUGAUGACAGUACUGACCUGGAAAUAGACGAAUUGGAGACACCUUCAGACUCUGAGAAGCUGGACAGUGGACAUGAAUUUGAAUGGGAAGAUGAGCUACCCCAGGCAGAGGGCCUGGGGGCCAGUGAGGCAGCUGAAAGGCUGGGCCAGGGUUGUAUGUGGGAUGUGGCUGGAGAAGACGGCCAUCGCUGGAGGGUUUUCCGGACAGGGCAGAGGGAGCAGCGAGUGGACAUGACUGUCAUUGAGCCCUAUAAGAAAGUCCUAUCUCAUGGAGGUUACCAUGGUGAGGGCCUCAAUGCUGUCAUCCUCUUUGCUUCCUGUUAUCUACCCAGAAGCAGCAUUCCCAACUAUACCUAUGUCAUGGAACACUUAUUUAGGUAUAUGGUGGGAACUCUGGAGCUGCUGGUAGCAGAAAAUUAUCUGCUUGUUCAUUUGAAUGGAGGCACAAGCAGGGCUCAAGUUCCACCUCUGAGCUGGAUACGCCAGUGUUACCGGACUCUGGAUCGGCGGCUAAGGAAAAACCUGCGUGCCCUGGUGGUUGUCCAUGCCACGUGGUAUAUGAAGGCAUGCCUGGCACUGCUUCGGCCCUUCAUCAGUUCCAAGUUCACACGAAAAAUUCGUUUUCUGAACAACCUGGGAGAACUGGGCCAACUCAUCUCCUUGGAUCAGGUCCACAUCCCAGAAGCUGUCAGACGGCUGGACCAGGAUCUCCAUGACUCAGGAAGGACCUAGCCUGGGAUUGGAAUAAAAGGCCUUAGAACCAAGCAAAGAUAUCAGCCUGCCUACACCUUUACCCCUGAAACAUCUAAGCUGUUUUGUAAAUCAUCUCGUCGUCAGCCGCAGUACCACGGGAUCUUCAUGUCUCAGUGUGUCUGUCAUUCCUCCCCAGGCCUUGCCUUCCAAGCAGAGCUUGAGGUCUGGAACCGAUCUGCUGGUGACUUUCAUUUCAGCAAGGAGUGGUCUUUUGUAUGGGCCAGUGCAAAGCUGUGGGUCUUCUCCUGCUUUAGCUGUAGAACCUGGGGCAGUCACUUCAUCUCCAGGAGUCAUCUGCAUCCUCUGAAAGGAAGCGGCUGAGAUCUCUCCACCUGGGGGGCCAUGGGAAGAGCAGGGCUUCACUGAGCACAGCCAGCCUGCCUGUGGGAGCCAGCAAGGGGUCCACGCCCCUCCCCCUGGUGAUCCCCCUCGCCCCCCCAAAGCCUGGUGAACCGCUGUCUGCCGCUUAUUCCUUCUUAGUCAUGUCUGCUGCCUGUGAGCCUGGGAAGGAGUGUUUUCAAAACCUUUCUUUAGUCAAUCCAGAUGGGUAGUGUCAAUAAAUUGCGAGAGAUUGAAGCUGUG